AUGGAACGAGCGAAGCUGAGUGCGGAAGCCCCACCCAUCAAACACCUCGAACUCGAGGAUGUUUGGGGAUCUUCAGUAAUGGUCAAAAUGGAUAUUAGUCGAAAGAAGAAACCGCCAACGAGUUCGAACACAAAGCUGUCAAACGGAGGAUCCAAACAGCAGAACAAGAAACAACGUAGUGCUUCCAAUGGACAAACCACACCGUCCACAUCUGCCAUCGAUGAUGAGUUUCCCGAAUCAUCCUCUUGCUGUUCCACCAAUCAAUUGAUGCAAUCUUUUCAGAAACAUCUUAAUCUUGGUUGUGAUGUUGGCGAAGAACCUGAAAGUUCGAGUGCGUCAUCCGGCCAACCAGCAAAUGUGGAUGUUGUAGUAUCUUCAUCUUCUGAUGUGGUAUCGUCACAAGCUCUUGAUCCUGGUAAUUCCCAUGAUAACCCAGAGUCUGAUAGGAUGGACGACGAUGGUUACCCAAUAGUUGUUGAUCUUGGCACCAGUGAAAGACAGUCACGUCUUGCUCGACAGCGUCUCAUCGAUGAAGUUAUCCAAGAGCAAGCAUUUGACCAGGAUGUCAUCGAAGAACUCGAACGUGCGAACAUGCGUCGUGUGUUUGAGGACAUCGAAGAUCCAGAAGGAGAACACUCAGCGCAAAGACGUCGUGCUACUGCGAACGGCAUUCUAAGUGGCGAAGAUUCACUGACGCCACAAGUAGAAGCAGCAAUUGCAAAUUAUAUGGUACGAAAAUAUGCAGAUCCAGCUAACAAUUCGAGUGCUGUUUUGCACAUGGAAGAACAUGAUGAACCAGGACCUUCAUCGUCAGAUAGACUAAAUAGGCCUGCGAAUAUUCUCCCAGCUAGUCGCAGUAUCUCCGAUCAUCCGGCGAACAACUUUCUUGCAACAGCACGUCGAGCUAGUCCCAUAGCGGAACCCAGAAGUAAUCGAGUUCCUGGAGGCAUGUCGCUCCGUGCAGCAAACGCCGUGGACGACAGUCCGCUAGGAUGGCAAGGAGCAAAAAGCACGUUGAAAGAGAGGAUAAGCUAUAUGUACUGUAAGGAUGUUUUGGCUGAUGUAUAUUUCAUUGUUGGAAAAGACGAUACGAGACAGCGAAUCCCUGCGCACAAAUUUGUUUUGUCGAUCGGCUCUGUUGUUUUUGAUGCGAUGUUCAACGGCGGUCUCACACCGCAGAAUUCACGAGAUCCAUUGGAAAUUGAAUUGCCUGAUGUGGAAGUUCCUGCUUUCCGUGCACUUCUUCGUUUUUUGUAUUCAGACGAAGUUGAGAUUGGACCAGAAAGUGUAAUGACUACUCUCUACACUGCGAAGAAAUAUGCGGUACCGGCUAUGGAAACUGCGUGUGUCGAAUUUCUCAAGCAAAGUUUAGGAGCUGACAACGCAUUUAUGCUGCUUACACAAGCUCGCCUGUUCGAUGAACCGCAGUUAGCUAAAUUGUGUCUAGAAAUCAUCGACAAGAAUACAUUUGAGGCCUUGAAUGGAGAAGGUUUUACUGACAUUGAUUUGGAAACUUUGUGCAUAGUGCUUGCGAGAGAUACUUUGAGAAUCAAGGAGGCUCAACUAUUCCAGGCAGUUGUGAGAUGGUCUACAGAAGAAUGUGCUCGCAGAGGACUUGAGCCAACUACAGAGAAUCGAAGGGCUGUCCUAGGUCGCGCCGUGCAACUUAUUCGUUUCCCUCUAAUGACAGUUGAGGAGUUUGCGCAGUCUGCUGCUCAGUCUGGAUUGCUUACGGAUCGAGAAGUGGUUAAUUUGUUCCUUUAUUUCACCGUCAAUCCAAAACCAUCAAUAGGAUUCAAUGAUAACCCAAGAUGUUCUGUAGCAGGGAAAGAACUUGUUGUCAGUCGAUUCCAACGUAUUGAUGGGCGCUGGGGCUACAGUGGGACACCGGAUAGAAUAAAAUUUACUGUGGAUCGGAAGAUAUACGUGGUGGGAUUUGGGCUGUAUGGAGCUAUUCAUGGCCCUCAUGAGUACCAGUGCACAAUUCAAAUUAUCCACUGUGGUACGGGAAAAGUAUUAGCGCAAAAUGAUACAUCUUUUGUAUGUGACGGCUCAUCCUCUACUUGUCGCGUUUCAUUCCGUGAGCCAGUGGAGAUCACUCCUGGAGUGACCUACAUUGCGAGUGCUUGUUUGAAGGGCAUGGACUCCCACUAUGGAACAAAAGGCCUUCGUCGAAUCGUCCACCAGUCUGCAGCUGGAGGCUGGAGCCAAUGCAGCACACUCGCGAAGAGGUUCGGCUACGACAGUAACGUCGAGGAUUGGCUAGUCCCGCAUACAUUGUAUAGGCUGCACAUGUUCACAAACCUCUACGAUAUGGAACUGAAGUCGAACGCGUAG